AUGACUCAUUUCGUUGGUGUUGACUUUAAUUCAUUAUAUCCUUCAUCAUUUUCAUCUAAUCCUCAUGAUUUCAUUCAAUAUACUGACCAUAAAAUGUAUAUGCCGGGAAGAUUGAAUGGUGUUAUCAUUUGUGAUACAGCAACAAAGAAAGCAAAAGCACUGGGAAUAAUUAAGAAGAAAAAUACUUUAUUCGUGGCUGAAGUAAAGGGUCACAUUGAUGAAAAAUACAUUAAUGAUUACAUAAACUUUUUACCAAUAAUAAGAAACUUUGAUAUUAUCACAGAUGAAAAAACAAUUGGUGGUUUUAUGUAUAAUUACAUGAAAUCAAACAAUCUACCAGUUGACCAGAAACAGAGGAAAUUAACUCAGUUAGCAUCAACACACAACCAAUAUCAACCAUUUUCUUCUUAUUAUCUUUGGUAUCUAAUAGACAGAUUUCAUUUUAUCAUUGAUGACAUUCAAUCAAUUUUAACAUUUACGAAAAAUACUUGUUUUAAUGAAUUUGCGAAUGAAUUUAUGAACGAAAGACAAAAGGCUGAAUUAGAAGGAAAUAAAGGAAAAAGUUUAUUUUGCAAGAUUUCACUUAAUGGAUCAUAUGGUUACGAUGCAAUGAAUACACAAAAUUACGCAAAGACUAAAAUAAUGAAUGCACAGAAGGCACGCGUUGCAUGUAUGUCAAAUAAGUUUAAAAACAUAAGAGAAAUAGGAGAGGAUACGUAUCAAGUGAUGCUUAAAGAUAGAUUUUAUAGAUGUGAUACAUGUUUACAAGAGGCAUUCUUCACUUUAGAUAACGCAAAAUACUGGUAUUUGGUUUUCAUUUAUGAUUUUAUGUAUAAAUGCAUGGAUGUUAAUUGUUUUCAUUUCAUUGAAGGUGAUACUGAUUCAUCUUAUUGGGCAAUCGCUGGCGACCCAAAUCUUCCUAACACUCAAGCAUUUCAAGCAAUU